AUCCUCCAUCAUCGAUAUCAUCUCUGUUCGCGUUGCGCCCUUAUUGUUUUCCUAAUGUUUUGAGUAAUAUUAUACUGUCAUCGUGUUGUGUAGAGUACCGCCAGCGACUGUGGGACGCGCUGUGCAACAAUUUGAUUGCAUUGUGCAAUGUCGUCCAACAACAACCUUUACGACCCAGAUCAAGCUGCUUUGAACACACGUUGGAUUCAGCCCUGGAGCGAGGCGUUUAGAGCGCAACGUGAUGUCGGCCUACGCGUCCCUAUCAACUUCCACACCUUGGCAGCAGUCUCGCUAACACAAGCUUGCUUUGUUGACAAUCAGUUUGAGCACAAUGCGUUUAUGAAAUGCUUUUCAAACCUUCUUGGCGUUGGUUUCCCUCGAUUCGAAGUCGAUGUGUACUGGGAUGCACUCCGCGCAGUAUGGAGUUUGUGUCCAGUCCAGCUUCCUGGAGAUGAUGAUAACGUGGAAGAUCACGCACCUGUGAGCUCUGGGCCAACAAUAUCGGUAUCUACAGGCACUGCGAACGCCAGGGUGCCGGAGAGCACAGCGAUACGGCCGUCAGCGUUGAAGGUUCGUCAGGAUUCCUCUCUGUCUAGUCAAGCCACAUCGACAUCAUCUACGGCAACUGAUCAGAGCUCGACAAGUGCCUCUGCACAACCGACUGUUGUUAGAUUUCCCACUGUAGAUGGUCCACCACUCUUGCAGAUUGGACGAUACAAUUGCACGUCACAGAUGACACUUGGUCUGUUGACCGGCUUGCUAGAGGAUUUCCUCGAUGAGACAGCGACUACCACGGGCGCAACCAUCACAUUUCUCAAUCUCAACGUCCAUAAUGCAGCAUCACUAUCGGAUCCCAAUGCACCAGCGCCCCAGCUUACUCAGGAACUGGCGCCAGCAUCUAGCGCUUCCUUGAGUGGGGUCAUAAAUGGAAACCUAUCAAGUUUGUUGUAUUCUCCGGAGACCUUGGGCAAUCAGCGCGCAGAUCUGAAUAGCAGCUGGUACGAUGUUGAAUGGGAUAACCUCCCGGCACAAGGGUACUAUCAAACGUCAAACAACUCUGAGGGUCGCAUCUUCACCGAGAGUGGGUGGCCAACUGAAGCUCUGAUGGAGUUCCAGGAGUUCAAGAGAGUUAUUAUCGGCUUUGGCGAAGUGGACAGCCAGAUGGCGGCGUAUGAUAUCAACGUUGACUUCGACGACAUAUUUCCUCCAGGUGCCAUCACCCAGCAGCGACAACUUUCCUUUGCCUCUACCGGACAGAUCAGCUCUGGGUGCUACUUUCCAUCCUUGGAAAGUUCAGUGACAACACAGUCAAAUUCUUCGUUUGCUCAAGCGUCUCCACCAACCAUAAGCAUAGACGCAAGCCCUGACUCCACAAGCUCGCUUCCGUCCGUAUCCAAUUUGACUGGGUGUGGCAUCAUACCUUUCCUCAACCAGAGCCUUGCGGGUACAACAGCAGACAAGAACCCCCUGCCCUAUGCUUCUUACGUUCAAUCGACAUUGUGGUCCUGGGCGCCAGGUCAACCUCUCAACAUCACAAAGGGGAGCUCGACCGCCCAACGCUGUACAGUCAUGACGAGCUCGCCUUAUCCUGGUCGAUGGGAGGUAGCAGACUGUGGCCAACGUUACCGCGCAGCCUGUCAGGACCCACGACAACCAUAUCUUUGGGAGGUGUCAGAAGGCACCUCCGACUUCAACUCUGCCAGAGACCUAUGCCGCUCGCCGCUGCAAUUUGCCGUUCCGCACACUGCUCUUGAGAACGCACACCUCUUUGCUGCUCUGCAAAGAUCGCGCGAGCCCAACCAGCCUCUUUACGUUGAUCUCAACCAGCUCGGGACAGCAGACUGCUGGGUCAUUGGCAUCAACGGCACGUGUCCAUACUUACAAUCGACUGACACAAACCGAACGCGGGUCGUUGUUGUUCCUACCGUUGCUGCUGUUAUCAUAUUUGUCUGCGCGGCAUUGACAUUCUUUAUCAAAUGUGCAUCAAAUAGACGAGAGGAUAGAAGAGGAAGGGGAAGAAAGAUGUUAGACGGUUGGGAAUAUGAGGGUGUCCCUAGUUAAUUUCAUUGGCUACACCAAUUAUUCCAGACGGGCUGACUGUGGGAACUAAUGUACCGCGUUAUGGAAAACUCGAUACUUAUCAUUAAUUCUAGUAUAGGCCGGCUGUACUAAACAUCGUAGGGCAAGAAGAAAUCGUCCUCGCCGUUGAU